CCGGGGCUGGGGCCGGGGCUACCCUGUUGCGGCGCCGCCAUGGCCAAGUGGGGGCAGGGCGACCCGCGCUGGAUCGUGGAGGAGCGCGCGGACGCCACCAACGUGAACAACUGGCACUGGACGGAGCGGGACGCGACGAGCUGGUCGCGGAGGAAGCUGCGGGCCGUGCUGGCGGGGCUGGCGGUGGAGGGCGCGGCCGGGCGCUGCGAGGUGCGCGACGUGAAGCAGGUGGACGGCGAGGCGUCCUGCACCUGCCGCCGGGGCCGCCUCUUCUUCUUCUACGACUGGCGCAUCCGCCUCGCCUGGACAGGCACCAUGAAAGAAUCUGGUGAGAAACAUAAAGGAUACGUUGAAAUUCCUAGCCUGUCAGAAGAAAAUGAGGUGGAUGAUACAGAGAUAAAUAUAAGCAAAAAGAAAGGAGAGGGAGAUGUGCUAAAGGAUCUUAUGAAAACUGAAGGAACUGUGAAAGUAAGAGAGGCACUCAAGGAGUAUCUGAAAGCUCUUAAAACAGAUUUUACCCUAGGAAUGAUCUUGCCAACCAAAAGUACAGUUGGCCAAGAACUGGCAGUUGAAAGAAAACUGAAUGGGAGUACUAUGCAGUUUGUUUUACAGGAUUCAGUUUCGCCAGUUGGCAUAAAAAUUCCAACUGUCAAAAUUCUUAUGAAAGAGAUGUUUGCCUCUUCAGCAGAGGAGCUUUAUAGCAUCUUUACAACUAAGGAACUGGUGCAGAAGUUUUCUAAAUGCCCUGCUUUGAUUGACGCAGAAAAAGGAGGAAGACUUCAGCUCUUUAAUGGUUGUGUUACUGGUGAAUAUGUGGAACUGUUACCCCCUCAAAGGAUUGUCAUGAAAUGGAGAUGCAGGAACUGGCCUGAUGAACAUUAUGCAACUGUUGCUUUGAAUUUCAAGGAUAUGGCAACUCAGACUGAAUUGCAGUUAGAAUUAAAAGGAGUCCCUGUCUGUAAUGAAGCUGAUACAAGGCAAUGUUGGCAGAAGCAAUAUUUUGAAGAAAUACAUAUUUUACUGCAGCAGUCUGAAGUAAAUACUAAAUAAUAUUAGUGCUGCAGCUGUAUUAGGGCAUUACAUUUCUAAAGCUUGAAUUUUUUUUAUUCUUUCCCCAUUUUUUAAAAAUAUUUAUGAGAGAUGAUUAAAGACAGACCUACAUCUGUGAUACUGUAUAUGAUUUUCUAUCUAUGGGUCCUUUGUGAAUGUGAUGUCUUUUAAUUAGGAUUACAAAUUUACAGAGUUUUAAUUUGAGAACCGAUCAUUGUUCUGUUUAUCUACAGUUUAACAGCUUUGGGAAGUGUGAGUACGACUCAGCUGCAGUGGACUUUGUGGUACCACAUCACACGUGCAAACCAACCCAAUAGUUACUGAGUAUCUAUGGCUUGCUUCUAGACCAAAUAGGUUAGACCAAAUAAGUGAUGUGUAUUCUUAAAAAUUUCCCAGUAUGAAAUGUACUGCUCAUGAAGAGGUGAACUGGAAGGGCUUUUAAAAAAGACCCACCCACCAUUUGGUCUUAGAGGAGAGUUUGUGGUAAAGUGGAAUGUAGCACUAUUUCUUUAAACAAUCACAGAGAAAAACUGAGCUACAGACUUUUGCAAGUGACCUCAUAGCUAUGUACAAUAUUGCUAUAUAUUGACAUAUAUUUACUGAAUUUCUUACUAUGGUAUCUUAAGGCUGAUAAGAUAGUGCAGGCCAGCAGUUAUGCUAUUAGAAUGCUCUUCUUUGUUUUCUUUAGGUGGUGUUUGAUGUUUUUUUGCUUUAUCAAAGAAACCAGGGUGGCUGAAUGUGAUGUUUUAACUUUGUAUCUUAAAGAGCCUUGAGGAUUAAAUCAGGUGCAAUGGAUCUGUGCUCCACUGCUACACUUUUUAAAAUGGAAGACAGAAAACUGAGUUUCUGUGGUGGGCUAGGUAGGCUGAGUGUUGUUUGGUUUCCUUCCUCCUCUCUCUAAAAAUGGAGAAAAGAAGUAGGAAUGGAUCAAUGUCCCAGGCUAAAGCCCAGCACUGUUUUAAUCACUAUGUUAAUGGGAGUUUUCCCUGAAUAUGAACUGGAAGGUUAAGUCUCAUAUUAGAAUUUAGGUUCCUGUCUGGUGGUAUUGGUGGAAAUACCACCUCACCCAGGAACAGGAGUGUCCUGUGCUUUAGUUCUCUAUGUUGUCUUACCCUGACAGUCAGUUCUGGCAAGAAGCCUCCUCUCUGCAAACCUUGUUCAACUUACGUCGUGGCAGAAGAGAGGGCAGCAUUCCCCAUAUCUGGUUACCAGGUUGCAGCUCAAAAGGAUGCAGCGUGUGCUAAGAAAUAUGCCUGCCUUCUUUUUCCUGUCACAGCUUAUGACUACCCCAGGUGGGGGGGUGCAGAGAUGCUACCAAAAAGUUGUGGAACUGAAGUCUGCUGCAUGAUAGGGUAGGCUGGGUUCUUUAACCCUGAUUGGCAGCCAGUCCAAGAGUGAAGCCCUGAUAGAUGGACAAAUGGAUGAUCUUUGCUCUGGCACCUCCUGCAGCGAAGCGAAUUCCAAACAUACUGGCACCUGCCUUUCCAGCAAGUGUCCCUAUACGCAAUGCCCAAGCUUUUGCACCCUGGAAAGGUGAUUCCAGUUUCACUUUGUUUUCAAGCAAGGAUUAUAUUAAGCAACCUGAUGUCUCACGUGGCAUAAUUCUAUUGUCUCAAGAGACAGAUGCCUACUACUAUCUUAAAGAGCCAUAGACAGCACUACUGUUGUCUUCUGCUGGAGUUCUGUUAAUCUAAAUUUAUAUACAUAGAGCCUUUCCUUUCACUUUAAAAACCAUUCCAGCUAAGGGGGUGUAAAUCAAACCAACCAGUUAAAUCCUGAAUCAGAUGUUCAGCAGAGUAAGCAUGAGGGACCAUGUCCCAGCUAAUGGUGUAGUCUUGGAGUAACAGUUCUGUACGUGAAAGUUAGCUGGGGUGUUUGGUUAGAAUUAUUUUGCACUGAACUUUUUUUAAUAAACUAUUGGAAUAGGAAAUGUAUGACUUUACCGUGCAGUUUGCAGCUCUGUAUUAUUUAAUGAAGGAAGGCAGUGAUAAAAAGUGACGCAAAAUAUGAUAAAGAAAUGAUUCAAAAUAUGGGAGUAUUUCUUACUGUGCAUCUGUUUCAGUUGAGAAAUCUGAAUAAUUUUAAAUUUAAUGCACAAAAAUAGCAAUUGGACAUGUCAAUAAAAAAAUUGAAACAAGCUUA